GUCGGAGUUGGUCCGGCAAGUCCGGAAGCUGCGUUCCUGCCAAGUGAAGGAGCCCCAAAAUCACUUUCUGAAACCCGCCUCGGGCCAGUUGUGAGUGGGCUCGAUCCCGACCCUGCUCUCGGCGCAGCCGUGGCCGGAAGGCCGCUGCUGGCUAGCAGAAGAGGACGUUCUCUCUUCCGGAACGGAGGCAGUGCUCACAGGCUGUUUCCGGGGGCCAGACUCCGUCGCGGCGCUGUGCUCCGCCCCUCGCGCGGCCACGUCUCCGCCGGAGCAGCCGGGCCGGGCGUUUGCCGCGGCUUCCGCAGCGCCGGGGUAUCAUGAUAUUACUUGGUGUGAUUUGAAGCCAUCUGUGAGACUUUAAAUCUUCUCCCGAAAAUGGAAAGCCUAGUGCGGUCCAUCCCAGGAGCUCUUGGCUGUUGCUGAUGGCAGAAAGCAAACUCACUAGUGGUUCACUGGUAGCCCCUGAGUGUCAGCCCAGCCUGUGUCAUCCUGGCCAUGGAGGGUGCUGGGGCAGUGCAGGAUGGCCUGUUGGAGGACAGGUGCAGCAGUGGCACCUCAGCUCGCCCCGAGGCCCCCCCGGAUCCCCCAGGCGCCCUGGCGCCUCUGGACCAGUGGGAUGAAGCCCAGCGUGCCAGUGCCACGGUAAACAGAGCUUCGGAUGAGGGAGGAAGCCAAGGGGACCCUUGUCCAAACGGGCCAACGCUGCAGUUCCCAGACCCUCUGCCGCCAGUGGGUCCUGAUGCCUCUCCAGGUGUGGCUGGUUUCCAUGACAACCUAAAGAAGUCUCAGGGGACUAGUGCUGAGGGCAGUGUAAGAAAAGAAGCUUUGCAGUCCCUCAGACUCAGUCUUCCUAUGCAAGAAACGCAACUGUGCUCCACAGAGGCUUCUCUGCCCCUGGAGAAGGAGGAGCAGGUCCGACUUCAGGCUCGGAAACGGCUGGAAGAGCAGCUCAAACAGUACAGAGUGAAGCACCAGCAGGAAAGGUCAGUUCAGCCUGUAACUAAAACAAGACUUUUCAGCACACUUGAUCCUGAACUCAUGUUGAACCCUGAAACCUUACCAAGGGCCAGUGCCGUGGCUAUGACAAAAGAAUAUUCCUUCCUGCGCACCAGUGUCCCCCGGGGGCCGAAGGUGGGCAGCUUAGGGCUCUUGGCACAUCCUAAGGAGAAAAAAAGUGCCAAAUCAAGCAAAAUUCGGUCUCUGGCUGAUUACAGAACUGAAGAUUCAGACAGUCGGAAUUCUGGUGGAGAUGUCCCAGCUGCAGACUCUGCCAGGGGUUCCCUGAAGCAGAACCGAAGCAGCGGGGCAUCUGUGGUGUCCGAGAUCAGCCUGAGCCCCGAGGCAGACAACCGCCUGGAGGAGGCGGCCCUGACGGGGGACAACGCAUCUGAGGCAGACGGGAAUGAGAGCGACAGCUCCUCCUGCAGCGGCGCCUCCGCCCUGGGGGCACUCAGCCGCCUGGGGCGCAGCGCAGGUGCGCGCGGGGCCCCCUACGUGGUCCACGGCCAGGAGAUUGCUGCCAGCGCCCUGGGCCAGUUCCCCUCCAUCGCGGACGUCCUCCAGGCUGCAGCCGCCGAGCACCAAGACCGGAGGCAGGAGGUCAACGGGGAGACGCGCAGCCGCACCGACAGCCUCGGCAGCAGUGCAUCCAUGGAAAGCUCUGUGGCUGAAACGCAAGAUGAAAUGUUGCAGGUUCUUAAGGAAAAGAUGAGACUUGAAGGACAGCUGGAAGCUUUAUCGUUAGAGGCUAGUCAGGCACUUAAAGAGAAGGCAGAGCUGCAGGCACAGCUUGCUGCCCUGAGCACGAGGCUCCAGGCACAGGUGGAGUUCAGCCACAGCAGCCAGCAGAGGCAGGACUCACUCAGCUCGGAGGUUGACACCUUAAAGCAGUCUUGCUGGGACCUAGAGCAGGCAAUGACCGACCUGCAGAACAUGCUGGAAGCCAAGAAUGCCAGCCUGGCGUCCUCCAACAGCGACCUGCAGGUGGCAGAGGAGCAGUACCAAAGACUGAUGGCCAAAGUGGAGGAGAUGCAGAGAAGCAUCCUCAGCAAGGACAACACAGUGCACGACCUGCGACAACAGAUGACAGCCUUACAGAGCCAGCUGCAGCAGGUGCAGCUGGAGCGCACAGCGCUGGCCAGCAAGCUGAAGGCGUCCCAGGCCGAAAUCUCGUCUCUGCAGAGUGUCCGGCAGUGGUACCAGCAGCAGCUUGCCCUGGCCCAGGAGGCCCGGGUCAGACUGCAGGGCGAGAUGGCCCACAUCCAGGUUGGACAGAUGACCCAGGCGGGCCUCCUGGAGCACCUGAAACUGGAGAAUGUGUCCCUGUCCCACCAGCUGACGGAGACCCAGCAGAAGUCCAUCAAGGAGAAGGAGCGUAUUGCCGCCCAGCUCCAGGGCAUCGAGGCUGACAUGUUGGACCAGGAGGCUGCCUUUGUGCAGAUUCAGGAGGCAAAGACGAUGGUGGAGGAGGACCUGCAGAGGAAGCUGGAGGAGUUUGAAGACGAGAAGGAGCAGCUGCAGAAGAUGGUGGCCUCAGCAGCAACGCUGGAGCAGCACUUAGAGCAGGUGAAGGUGACUUUGCUUCAGCGAGACCAGCAGCUUGAGGCUUUGCAGCAGGAGCACCUGGACCUGUUGAAGCAGUUCACCGCGACCCAGGAGGCUUUGCAGACCCGGGAGCAGUCCCUGGGUGGCCUGCAGAUGCAGUACGACGAACUGCAGGCCAGGCUGGAGGAGCUGCAGGGGGAGGCCGCCUCCAAGGACGACGCGAUCCAUUUCCUGCAGAACGAGAAGAUCGUCUUGGAGGUGGCUCUGCAAGCAGCCAAGAGCAGCAGGGAGGAGUUUGCUAGAGGAGCAAAACGCCUGGAAGAAGGUACCCAGGAGACGUCAGAAACUUUAGAGCAGCUGAGACAAGAGUUAGCCGUCAAGUCCGGCCAGGUGGAGCAUCUGCAGCAAGAAGCUGCCGCCCUGAAAAAGCAGACGCAGAAGAUAAAGGAACAGUUUCUUCAACAAAAGGUGAUGGUGGAGGCCUACCGCCGGGACGCCACCUCCAAAGACCAGCUUAUCAGUGAGCUGAAGGCCACAAAGAAGAGGCUGGACUCGGAGAUGAGGGAGCUGAGGCAGGAGUUCAUCCAACUUCAGGGGGAGAAGAGGUCGGUGGAGGUGGAGCACACGCGCCUGCAGAGGGAAGUGUCCCAGGCCCGGCAGCAGGUGGUGGACCUUGAAGGGCAUCUCCAGUCUGCGCAGAGGGAGCGUGAUGAGGUGGAGACACGCUUGCAGUCAUUGCAGCUGGAUAAAGAGCAGAUGGUUGCUCUUACGGAGGCCAACGAGAUGCUCAAGAAACAGAUAGAGGAGCUGCAGCAAGAAGCCACGAAGGCCAUCACCGAGCAGAAGCAGAGGAUGAAGCGGCUGGGCUCAGACCUGAGCAGUGCGCAGAAGGAGAUGAAGACCAAGCAUAAGGCCUAUGAGAACGCCGUGGGCAUCCUCAGCCGCCGCCUGCAGGAGGCCCUGGUGGGCAGGGAGGCCGCUGAGGCCGAGCUGCGCCAGCUGAGAGCCCGGGCGGCUGACGGCGGCGGCGACCUCGCUCUGCACGAGAGGAUCCAGGCCCUGGAGGCGGAGCUGCAGACCGUCGCCCACAGCAAGACAAUGCUAGAGCGGGAGCUCCAAGAGGUCAUCGCGAUGACUGGCCAGGAGCUGGAGGAGCACCGGGAGAAGGUGCUGGAGCUGGAGGACGAGCUCCAGGAGUCCAGAGGCUUUAGGAGGAAGAUAAAGCGCCUUGAGGAGUCAAAUAAGAAGUUGGCUCUUGAGUUAGAACAUGAGAGAGGGAAGCUGACGGGCCUGGGACAGUCCAAUGCAGCUUUGCGGGAGCACAACAGCAUCUUGGAAACAGCUCUGGCCAAGAGGGAAGCAGACCUAGUUCAGCUGAAUCUUCAGGUGCAGGCGGUUUUGCAGCGCAAGGAAGAGGAGGACCGCCGGGUGCAGCAGCUGGUCCAGGCCCUGCAGGCCGCGCUGCAGAAGGAGAGGUCGACAGCGCACAGCCUGGAGGAGCAGGUUGCUGCUGCCAAGGCGGAAGCGGGCCAUAACCGCCGCCACUUCAGGGCCGCCACCUUAGAGCUGAGCGAGGUGAAGAAGGAGCUGCAGGCCAAGGAGCAGGCGGUGCGGAGGCUGCAGGCAGAGGCCGACGGGCUCCAGAUUCAGGAGGGGAAGCAUUCCCAGGAAGUAGCACAGUUCCAGGCAGAGCUGGCCGAGGCCCGGACGCAACUCCAGCUCCUGCAGAAGCAGCUGGACGAGCAGCUGAGCAGAGAGCCCGUGGGAACCCAAGAGAUGGAAAAUCUCAAAUGGGAGGUGGAUCAGAAGGAGAGAGAAAUCCAGUCCCUGAAGCAGCAGCUGAACUUGACGGAACAGCAGAGUAAAAAGGAACUGGAUGGAAUACAGCAGUCAUGGCAGAACAUUAAAGCUGAGCUGGAGAUGGUGCGGGGAGACCUGUCCAUGACCCAGAAAGACAAGUUCACGCUUCAGGCUAAAGUGUCAGAACUGAAGAACAACAUGAAGACUCUACUUCAGCAAAACCAGCAGCUCCAGCUGGACCUGCGACGUGGUGCGGCCAAGACGAGGAAGGAGCGGAAAGGCGACGCCAGCUCUUCCAGCCCCGUGACGCCAGUGAAGGUCCCCGACUGCCCCGUCCCCGCCUCGCUGCUGGAGGAGCUGCUGCGACCCCCACCGGCCGUCAGCAAGGAGCCCCUCAAGAACCUCAACAGCUGCCUGCAGCAGCUCAAGCAGGAGAUGGACAGCCUGCAGCGCCAGAUGGAGGCUCACACGGUCACUGUGCACGAGUCGCUGUCCUCAUGGACUCAGGGGGACCCCGCCGGCCCCGCCCCGUCGGGAGAUCACGCCAACCCCAGAGGGGACACGAAGCGACACAGUCAGGGCAGGGCCUCUGAAGAGGGGCUUGGAACAGCGACCACCCAGCAGCCCCACCCCGAGUGUUCGUAGCUACCCAGAGGAAUGUCCUCGUACCGAUGUUGCUCAUUGGACCGUGCGCUCUGUGUUUCUCUAAGAUGAGAUUUAAGGUUUGCAUUUGCCUCUACAAGGAGCACAGCAGGGCGAGAGCCCAGGGUCAACAAAUCGUCAUUUGCAGAUCACAACCAGCUUUUCUCCUGAAAUGACCAAAUCUUGAAAACCUCAUUUAGAUCUCAGAGGGACGUCUUGAACGUACCCAAAGGGUUACUUGCAGAAGGAGAUCUCUUAGGACGACAGUGGGCGCUGCUCUCAGACGGUCAGUGGUGGGGUCACCACACUCUGGGUCUGGUUUCUCACUGUCCUGUUUGAUUCAGGAAGAGUUUUCCCUCCCUGCAGAAGUGAGACUCCAUUUGCACCUUUGGUCUUUAUUUUAUUUUAUUUUCAAUACCAUCCCUCCAUAGAAUGUGCAUAGAAAUCCUGAAAAAUCAUAAUCUAAUCUUUUAAAAGUAUAUGCUCACCUUAUUUAAGAAUGACCUGAACUGUCUUUUUGUCGAUGGCCUUUCUGAAAAUCUGCUGUUAGGAAAUAAUAUAUGUGUAGGAUUUAGGAACGUCAGACAGAAAAUUAUAUUUUAAGAAAGGUAAUUAUUUUAUUCACCUUCUAAAACCAAAUAUCCUUAGACAGAAGUUCUUUGUUAUUUCUGUUUCACUUUAUUUUGAGAUUCUUUCCUCAUCCUGCAUGCACAAUGUCCACCUGUCUGACUCCUGGCCCUAUGUGGCCUCACUCACCGUGGCCGACCCCUGGGUGGGCGGGAUGUCAGGAUGCCGAACUUGAAGUCAGAGCUCCCGGGUGUGUGAGGGUCCACCUAGGGCACCUCGGCACUGCAUGGUUGACUGUGAGACUCGAGGUUUGUGCAUUUGUCCCCAGUUUGCUGAGAUGUCCUAAAAUAGUGUUUACUGUUCUGAGUCAGAGGAGAGAGGGAGGGUGUGGGACCCCCGCGCAGGCUGCUGGUCUGAAGAUGACGUCUGUGGUGAUACUGACCAGGCCAGAUCCGCUCCUGCCACCGUGUCACCCGAGUCUCGUCGGUGCAGAAAGCAGCGCGGUGUUUUCAGUCGUUCCUCUUCUCUCACGAUCUGCUGUAGAAGGUUAAGUCCUAAGGUUAAAGUGGCAAUAACCACAAGGACAUCUGGUAUUGGAAAAAAAAUUCCCCCAGCAGGUAAUAGAACUUCUAAAAUACGUACGUCAUUGGUACAGGGUUAAUCUUGGAAAUUAUACUUGAAAACUUCAUUAUAAAUAUAUCCUUCUUUGCCUCCGAGGUUGGAAUCAUUUUUGACAAGAUUGUUUUUGUGCCCUGGGGAAAGAAAAGUGUAAUUUAUGUUCUCACUUCUUUCGGCUGCACUCUGUUGUUUUCAUCUUUAGAGCCAAGAAAUCACACACAGCCUCCUUCUGUAGCUGCUUCCUGACUGCUUGCUGAGGUCUUCCGUGAAUGCUGGUCACGGUCAUUUCUUCUUAGGAAAGGAUGAACGAAUCCUGAAGACGUCCAUCAGGAGAAAGCCAAUCUCUGUUCCUUGGCCCUGUUUUCCUCUGCCGCGUCACCCUCCGUGUGCGUGUGCCCUUGUGGGGGGCCUGUGUGUGUGUGUGCCCGUGCCCUCCCACGUCACCUGGUGACGAGGGUGCAGCCUCGUCCUUUGGUUCUGGCAGCGCCUGGCUGUCCACUUCCAGCCACAGCGAUGCCUCAUGUGUGUCUGGUCGCAGUUCCCCAUCCGGGGCUCUUGUGUUCAGGCUUCCUCAAUACAUCAUCUUGAAAGAGGAAGCUGGGUUUUUGACUCACUUGCUCUUGAUUUGUAGGGGGUUUUUUUGGCUCUUUGGUUUUCUAUGUCCAAGGGACUUUACUGGCACAGCUACCUCCCAGAGUUAGGUUCUUGAGUGAGUGACGUUGGAAAUGUUCUGCUGUGGGCAGAAGGGGGAAAUAGGAACGUGCUCACGGAAGACAGCAGUCAGCUCUGGAGCACUUACAAAGGCAAGCCCGCCAUUGCGUUGUGUUGGUGUCUGUAGUUCAUCUGUACGAUGGAUACUGUAUGUCGCGUCCUCGGCUUGGACACUUCAUGCUAUUAUUACGUGUUUUUCUUACGUCCCAAAGAUAACUUAUUGCAACGUGGUUAUUGCUGAUUUCUCCACGGUGCACAUCAGAUAGAUGCCACGUCUUAUAGAUUUACACGCCUUCAUUCUGCUGUUUAGAAGCUAUCACAGGCAGUGUUUUUGACAGCGUGUGAAACUGGCUCGUAUCCUGGCCUGGGGUCCAGGACCAGGACGGGCCUCGAGGGAGGCAGCCUGUGGAAGGCUGCAUUAGGAAGAUUCUCGUUAAACGCUCUCAGUUUAAAGACUCUUGUUGCAGUGGCAAAAGCCACAGCCUGCAGAGUCCCCACGACAUAAGCUCCCACUUCCAUGAGUGUUUUUUUUAAUAAAAACUAAAUGUCGUGCGUAAAGAUUUCUAAUAUUGAAACGGACCAGUGUACCUGAAAGAGAAAUGUCCUGGACCCCACAACGUGUGCGACGCUGGGGUGUGUGGGACCCUCUGAGCCUUAUUCAAACAAGUCCACUCACCGUGUUCCAGGCGAGUCUCACGGUAUGGUGGUCCCAGGUUAUGAUGGGUCCUUGAGAGUAAUGUUUUAGAGGGUCUUGAAAACUCAGUGGUUUUAAGUUAUUCGUGUCUCUUAACAAUGUCCUCACAAAAAGGGAGUCCUCGGGUUGGGGCCGUUCAGGGGAAAGGUUGUCACCACGCACAACGGAUUGUAACUUUAAAAAGCAUGUUGAUUUUUUUUUUUAUAUCAAUUCAAGCGUGCUUGGGAAUUCCUUGAAUUUGUGCAAUAAACUAUUUUUUGUUAAAGACUUUUUA